GUUUUCGUUUAGAUUCCCAAGAAGAAGACAUAGUAUUAGAUCUCAAGAGGGACCUCUGGAAGCAAAAACUUUAAGUAGGGGAAUCAAAUUUUAAUUAUGUUGAAAAAUGACCAGAUUUUUGAUGUCUUGCUUAACCUAAAAUACACAUCAAAGCAGCUCACGAAACAUUCUAAUAAAGCGGAAAAUGCCAGUGAAAAGGAAAUGAACAACAUCAAAAAGGCGAUUGAAAAGGGUAAUACCGAAGCCGCCCGUAUCUAUGCUGUGAAUUCUAUUCGAAAACGCAAUGAAAGCCUGGACUACCUUCGUCUUGCUUCCCGAAUAGACGCAACGGCGUCACGCAUCCAGUCAGCGAUAAAAAUAAAUGAAACUGUAAAGUUAAUGAAGAACACGGUGAAGGGUAUGGAUAUAAUUAUGGAGUCACUGGACCCUGUAAAGAUCACAAGGCUCAUGGAUAAGUUCGAAAAGCAGGCAGGAAUCCUAGAGGUGAACACAAGUACCAUGAAUGCCGCGUUUGAGAGCACUUCCGAGGGCGCCAUCCCGGUGGAUCAGGUGGAUACUUUAUUAGAGCAGAUCGCGACGGAAAAUAAUAUUGAUAUUAGCACGAAGAUGUCGAAUGGACCGUUGAACUCUAUACUACAUGAACACAUAUCUGCUUCUCAAGAGGCUGAAGACGAUAUUGAGAGACGCUUGAAAGCUUUACAAUCGUUAUAAGCAUGAGAUGUCCUUGUUCUCACCAAGAGGCUGAAAGUGUUAUUUUUAGAGGAGUAAGAUUUUUGCCCUUAUCUUCCUGUAUUCCGGACAUAUCAUAACGUGACCCCUUAGGAGAAGUUAAUAGGUUUUUAUGCAGUUGGUCCUUUUUUAGAUAUAUUAUUAUUAUUGCAGUAGUGUAGUACCUUUUAUUCAAAAGUUUUUCAUUUUUGUUAAUAAUAUCUUAGUCCUAUUACUUGCUGAACGUAUGUCUUACCUUUUAACUGACAUUCUGAUUAUCAUGUAUCCUCUUUUA